UUCCUCUGGGACUGGUGGUCUUCUAGCAUAAGCCCCCUGACUCCAAGGGUGCAUAAAAAGGCCCGAGCGGAAUGGGGUUGGCAGACACUGACACUUCACGCAGCUGCAGCCUCUCCGACAUGACGUCUAACUGCUCCCCAGCCUCCAUCAAGAGCUGCCCCCAGUCACCCUCUGUCUGCUCCAGCAGCACGAGCUGCCGGCUGGAGCUGUGCCUGGGUUACGUCUGCCAGCCCGGGAUGUGCGUGCCCUCUGUCUGUGCGCCCACCCCCUACCGGCCAGCCACGUGCCUCUCAAAGGCACUAGCCAGCUCCUGCCAGCCCGGCAGCUGCCACCCGACCAGCAGAAGCUCCGGCUCCACGGGUUCCUACAGCCGAUACUUUGAGGGUUCCUUCGAUGGCGAUGAGAAGGAGACCAUGCAGUUCCUGAACAACCACCUGGCCAGCUACCUGGAGAGGGUGCGCCAGCUGGAACGAGACAACGCACAGCUGGACCGCAUUUGAGAUGCCUCCCGGUCUCGAGCGCCUGCCUUGGGUCCUGACUAGCAGUCUUAUUUCAAGACCAUCGAGGAGCUCCAGCGGAAGGUUCUGUACACCGAGGCAGAGAAUGCCAGGAUGAUCGUGCACGUCGACAAUGCCAGGGUGGCUGCCGAUGUCUUCAGGACCAAGUACGAGAUGGGGCUGGCCAUGUGGCAGCUGGUGGAGACCGACACCAGUAGCCUGUGCAGGGUGCUGGAUGAGCUGACCCUGUGCAAGGCCGACCUGGAGAUGCAGGUGGAGUCCCUGAAGGAGGAGCUGAUGUGUCUCAAGAAGAACCACGAGGAGGAAGUCGAUGCCCUCCGAUGCCAGCUUGGGGACCGCCUUAACGUUGACGUGGACGCCGCAACCCCCGUGGACCUGAACAGGGUUCUGGAAGAGAUGUGGUGUCAGUACGGGGCCCUGGUGGAGACUAAUCACAGGGACAUGGAGGAAUGGUUCACCAGGCAGAUGGAAGCACUUAACCAGCAGGUAGCCACAAGCUCUGAGCAGCUUCAGAGCUACCAGUCAGACAUCAAUGAUCUGAGACGAACGGUCAACACGCUGGAGAUCGAGCUGCAGGCCCGACACAGCCUGAGAGACUCUCUGGAAUCUACCCUGGCAGAGACGGAGGCCCGCUACAGCUCCCAGCGGGCCCAGAUGCAAUGCCUGAUCACCAACUUGGAGGUCCAGCUGGCCGACAUCCACUGUGACCUGGAGCGGCAGAGCCAGGAGUACCGGGUGCUGCUGGAUGUCCAGGCCUGGCUGGAGUUUGAGAUCAACACGUACCGGGGGCUGCUGGAGAACGAGGACUGCAAGUACCUGGGGUGUGAGAGGUUUGGAGGAGGUUAUAGGAAGCAACUGGAUCUACCCAUAAGGUACAGCCCUGUCAUGAUUAAUAAGGGAUUAGGAAGCUGGGAUGAUCCAAAGACGUCAGGCAGGUCUUCAUGCUGCCAUCCCACACCUGGCCCAUUGGGACCAUUCUGCUCCAUUCCAAGUUGGCAGACUCCUUCUAAGUGCUCAGCGUGUGCCAGCGUGUGCCAGGGGAUACUGAGACGGAUGAUGACAAAGCAUCUGUUCUCAAGCCUUUUCCAUCUCCAGGGAGACAGACAUGCCACUGGAGAUCAUACUGGGGAAGGGUGGAUGUUUGGGGCACUUGGAAGGAUUAUGUAGCUUCAUGUGUUGAGCUGUGGUGGAAAGGAGGACAGGAAAGAUCAGCUGGGCCCCAUUCAACGGUGAACCACAAAGGCCAUGCUGGGGAGGGAGGGCUUUAUUUUAUAGGCAGUUGGGAGGCCUUAACUUUUUUUUGAGGAGGAAAUGAUAGAAUUGCUUAACUGCCUAGCUCCUCGCUAGAUGGUAAACAACUGGAACUCAGAGAAAAAAUAUUUUUAUCCCCUCCAUCUGGUGCAUAGUAGAUGCUCAGUAAACGUUUCUUGACCAAGUCAAUGAGAGCUCAAAGCUGCUCUUCAGGAAGAUGGCACAGAUGGCAACAGGAAGGGCUGAGUAGAGAGAGGGAGGAAGGGCUGGGCACAGGAGCCAUCCAGGAGGCCUUGGAUGUGGUCUAGGUAAUAAACAAUGGGGAGGGUCUGAAUGUGGGCAGUGGAGGCAUCCGCCCCCAGCCGUGGUACAGGCAGAAUUGGCAGGGCUUGGUGGCUGCCUGGAUGCAGGAUACCUCUGGGCCUUGGGUACCUGAUGGGCUGAUGAUUGUAGGUAGACAUUCAGCCUUGCUUCUCUGCCAUUUAGAAUCUUGCCCUCCAGGGCAAGGGUUGCAAAGUCAAAUAUUUUUCAAGAACUAGGCCAUGAACAUACGUGAGUGACAUGGGUGUUACUGUGGGACAGUGGAUAACCAGGGAGCUAUGGCUUGUCCAAUGAAGGUGGUGCUGCCUCCUCAGGGCCAUUUCUACCACAUAUGAUGAAGAUUCAGUACUGCUGGAUCUUCUCAUUAUUCAAGGGAAGCUGGGAAGCUGCAUUUCUUUUAAAUGUUUAGGUUCUUUUAAAACAAA